CGUUUCUCCCCCUUGGUCCUGUCAAUUGGGGCGCGGGGUGCGGACACACGACCGGACCCUCGAACGAAACCCGUCUACCAUGUCGGCCUCUCUCCCCGGCAGCCGCCCCCUGCCGGCGUCUCAAUAUGACCUCGAUACGUACUGGGGCCGAGUCCGACAUUCCAUGGGCCUCACAGAUCCUAGAACACUGCUUGUCGACAAGGCGGGUCUGGAGCACUGCAAGCAGCUCCUCAUCGACUAUAAGCAGGGCAAGAUCGGGGAAAUGACGCCGGAGCUAUGGAAGGCGAAGAAGGUGGUCGACUCGACUCUACACCCAGACACCGGCGAGCCGGUCUUCCUUCCGUUCCGCAUGUCGUCCUUUGUUCUCUCCAACCUCAUCGUCACCGCGGGGAUGCUCCAACCAGGACUUGGUACCACAGGCACGGUAUCGUGGCAAGUAGCGAACCAGUCCCUCAACGUAGCCAUCAACUCGGCCAACGCCAACAAGUCCUCCCCGAUGAACUGGGCGCAGAUGGCCCAGUCCUACGCGGUGGCCGUCUCGAUAUCCUGCGGCGUGGCGCUGGGGCUCCGGGGCCUCGUGCCCCGGGUCCGCGGGAUCAGCGCCUCGACGCGCACGAUCCUGACGCGGCUGGUGCCGUUCGCGGCGGUGGCGACGGCGGGCGCGCUCAACGUGGUGCUGAUGCGCGGCGAGGAGAUGCGCACGGGCAUCGACGUGUUCCCCGUGCCGGGAGGGGCGGAGGACGGCGACGGCGACGGGCUGGAGGCGGCGGCCGAGGGCAAGACGGACGGGGACGUGGCCGUGCCCAACAGCCUGGGGCGGAGCAAGGCGGCGGCGAGGCUGGCGGUGGGCGAGACGGCGGCGAGCCGCGUGUUCAACUCGACGCCCAUCAUGGUGCUGCCGCCGCUGGUGCUGGUGAGGUUGCAGCGCACCGAGUGGCUCAAGGCGCGGCCCAGGUUGGUGAUGCCGGUCAACUUGGGGCUCAUCUUGUGUACGAGCGUUGCGGUGCUGCCGCUUGCGUUGGCGGUGUUUCCGCAGAGGCAGACGAUUCACGUCGACAAGCUGGAGCCUGAGUUUCACGGGCGGGGGGGCAAGGGGGGGAUGGUGGUGUUUAACCGGGGGAUGUAGAGGGGCGGUGGUUGAGCAGUGACGUGUUGAAGCAUAGGAUGUGCAUCAUGCGCGUGGCAUAUUGCAAGCAUUACAUGUAAGGUAUAUUGCAUCCCAUAGAAGUCCG